ACUAGCUCCACUGAUCUGUCCCGCUUAAAUUAAAUGGGUUGAAUAUAUAAUCCAAGGGACCCCUUUUAUUUUACAUAUAUCGAUUCCUCUCCCUGUCUCUCUCUUUCUCUCUAUUAGCGGGAGAGAAUGAGAGGAAUCCCUAGGGUCCCCUGCACUAUAUAUUCGACCCAUUUAAUUUUAGCAGAUCGGACAAAUGGAGCGGUGGAGGCAAGUUACAAGAACUGAAAUAUCAAUUACGUACCUAACGAGGCAACUUACCAUUGGAGUCUCUUUUGGGACAAUUGACUAUGGACGUAUAGUUUGGGCAAGCAAUAGGUGCACAAAGUCUUAGUCUUUGUGAUGGUUGGCCUUAUUCUUAUAAAUAAUUGGUUCGCAACUCCAUAUAAAUGAUACUUAGUCUAUCUUUUAAUUACAUUUUCUAUUAGACAUAGAUGAGAAAGAUAGAGAUGGAGAGAAUAUUGUCAGUUACUAUUUCUUUGUUUCUAUUUCUCUAUGCAGUUGAAGUGGUUUCUUUUGCCUUUGGGGAUCCACUUUGCUCUUCUCAUGAUUCCCUUGCACUUCUAAACUUUAAGCAUUCACUUAACGUGACAGACGCAAUGAUGUCUUGGAAUAGAAGUAUGGAUUGUUGUAAGUGGGAUGGGGUUACCUGUGAUAGUUUCACGUAUUGAUUGUUGUAAGUGUGAUGGGGUUACCUGUGAUAGUUUCACGUAUGGAUUGUUGUAAGUGGGAUGGGGUUACCUGUGAUAGUUUCACUGGUCACGUAACUAGUUUGGACCUCAGUAGUAGAAAUCUUGAAGGAACUCUCCAUCCUAAUAGUAUCCUUUUCCAUCUUCGUCAUCUUGAAACGCUCGAUCUUUCCUAUAAUGACUUUUGGGCUUCUCAAAUUCCACCGAGCAUUGGUCAGUUGGCCAGUUUGAUGCAUCUCAACUUUUCUUAUUGUUGGUUCCAAGGAAGGAUUCCAUUUGAAAUCUCACACUUGUCCAAAUUGGUUUUGCUUGAUCUCUCUGAAUUUCAUUAUUUAUCUCGUGGCUUAGUCGGGAAGGAUUCAACAUGCUUUUUCAAAACUUAACCAAGUUAGAGGUACUUUCUCUUUCUUAUGUUCACAUUUCAUCCAAGAUACCCAUGAAUGUAUCAUUCUCUUCUUCUUUGAGAUAUCUAGAUCUUGGAUUUACUAACUUGCAAGGAGACUUGCCAAAAAGCAUUUUCCUCCUACCCAAUUUGGAAACCCUUAAAUUGUCAGGAAAUGAUCUCACCACUAUUUCUUUCCCCAAGUUUAACUGGAGCAGUAGCCAUAUGCUAACUGAGCUAGAUCUCUCUGACAAUAGAUAUAUUUCUAGAGGACUAGCUGGUACAUUUGGAAGUCUCAAAGCCUUAAAUUUUUUGGACUUUUCUUGGUGCAACAUCGUCGGACCUAUACCGGAAUCCAUCGGGAACCUUUCACAAAUCACUCAACUAUAUCUUUCAGCGAACCAUUUGGAGAGCAAAAUUCCUGAUGCUUUUUCCAAAUUGCAAAAGCUUACACACUUAGGACUAAAAAUCAACAACUUCAGUGGCCCAUUCCCAUCUUUUCUUGUGAACUUGACAAAGCUUGAAGUCUUGAAUUUGGGAUACAAUUCACUCAGUGGUCCACUUCCUUUUAUUGCUAACGGACUUCAAAAUCUAAAAAAACUAAGUUUGUUUAAGAACUCAUUCAACGGAUCAAUCCCAUCUUGGAUGCUUAGUCUUACUUCACUGACUUAUUUACAGCUGGGGAGCAAUCACUUAAGUGGACCACUUCCCGAGUUUAAGACCAACUCUAUAGAAAAGCUUAGUAUGCAUCAAAAUCAACUCAGUGGUCCCAUACCUCACUCACUCAGAGAUCUUGUGAACCUAACUCAUCUCUUUCUUGGGUCUAAUAAUUUGAGUGGUGAGGUAGGAGCAGAAAUGUUUUCAACAAUGAAAAAACUCCAACAUCUUGGUCUUUCUCAUAGCGGUUUAUCGUGGAGUAGCAAUAAGGAAAACAUCAACACCACCCUUCCUAGUCUUUGGACUUUAAGUUUACGCUUCUGUCGCGUAAAAGAUUUUCCGAGUUUCUUGUUAAACGCUAAGCAAUUAGUGUUUUUGGUUCUCUCGGAGAACGAAAUUCACGGCCAGUUACCGAAAUGGUUUGGUGGUUUGAGUUCAUUGCAAUACCUUAAUCUCUCUUACAACAACCUUACAAGCUUAGACCAUCUAUCUUGGCAGACACUGCAGUUUGUUGAUCUUCAAAAAAACUCACUCAGAGGACCUCUGCCAUCUUCCCUUUGUAAACCAAAUAGCCUACAUAUGCUGAUUUUGUCCGAUAACAAUUUGAGUGUUGAAAUUCCCAAUUGUUUGUUUAUUUCUGGAAAUCUCUCAGUCCUAGAAUUACCAGGAAACAACCUUCGUGGUCCCAUUCCAGACAUAUUCUCGGGGUGCGGUGGGUUAAAUUAUAUUGGUUUGAGCAAAAAUCAAUUGGAAGGUCCGAUCCCGAGGUCGCUAGUCAACUGUACAUCCUUACAAGUCCUUGAUUUGGGAAGCAACAAAAUCCAUGACACAUUUCCCAUUUGGCUGGAGAGGCUGCCGUUAGAGGUUCUCAUAUUGAAAUCUAAUAGAUUUCAUGGAGCCAUUAGUGCUUUCCAAACAAAAUUGCCAUUUCCAGAUUUGAGGAUCUUUGACCUCUCCGAAAAUUCAUUUACUAGCUCUAUACCUACAGAGGUUCUCAAAGGUUUCAAAGCUAUGAUGAACAUAGAUCCACACAAAUCAAGACUGGAAUAUAUGGAGAAAGAAGGUCGUUACUAUGGGCCCUUUACAAUGCACUAUGAUGAAUCAGUAAUAUUAUUUCUGAAAAAUCAAGAGAUUGAAUUUAAAAAGAUCUUGACAAUUUUCACAACAAUCGAUUUGUCAAGGAACAAGUUUGAGGGAGAAAUCCCAGAGUUCAUUGGGAAUUUAAAUUCACUCCUGGUGCUAAAUUUAUCUCAUAACAACCUCAGUGGACAUACUCCUGUUGAAAUGAAGAACAUCAGCAUGCUUGAAUCUUUGGACAAUUCAUUUUAACCAACUUACUGGCAAAAUUCCAAUGGAAUUGGCAAGUCUAACAUUUCUUGCGGUCCUAAAUCUGUCAUACAACCAUCUUGUCGGACCUAUUCCUCAUAGUAAUCAGUUGAAUACGUUUCCAAAUGAUUCAUAUUUUGGAAACUCUGAUUUGUGCGGAUUUCCAUUGUCAAAUGAAUGUGGGCAGUGUAAGAGUGCACCAGAACCAGUAUUGUUGGUUGACCAAGAAGAAGAUGAGCCUACUUUUCUUAGCGAAAUGACUUGGCAAUCUGUCUUAAUUGGGUAUGGUUGUGGCUUGAUUUUUGGAUUUAGCAUAUUGUAUCUCAUAUACCUCUUUGAAAGGCCAAGAUGGUUCAUUGACUUUUUUGCAACUACCACUCAUGAAAUGAUAUACAUAGCAAAGAGGAAAAAUCGACGACGCAGGAAAUUUCGCAGAAGAAGAUAGUGAAAAUCUAUGAGAUUGAAAAACAAGUAUCAAGCAAGGGAGAGAUCGGAGCCACUACAACAUCCUCUUGGGAAAAAGUGCAUUAUAAUUUUUGCGUGCAAAGAAUAAAGGAAUACAAUCAUCAUCAUCAUGUUAAUUAGUAGUAUUUGUUAAGUAGUUAUCAUAUGUUGUAUAAGCAACUUAUAAUUAGACAGUUCUAAACAAAUUCAACAUUGCAUGUUUGAGAAUAUAAUGAUGUGCAACACAUACAUAAAUUAGUCUAAAAGUUGGCCCAUUUCUAACAAGACCACCGGUAUAUGGCGAGUUACUCGGGACAAAUAAAAUCCUAGUAUAAAUGUUGUUAACUCUACAGCUUAAUAUACCUUUGUAAAUUCAGGUUAUAGUUUGUCUUUACUUCAAGAUUUUCCUAUGAUUUGUACUCUUUUUUUAAAAGGAUUCAGGAUGCAUGGACAAGUACCGGUGAAUAUAUUGAAUUGCAUAAUUUUGUUGUGAAGUUUCUA